UUUUCCCCUUUUCAUGCCCCAGUCUUGCCAGUCCUGCAGCAGCAGCAGGCAGAGCGCUGGGGGACAGCGGUGACACCGCCUGGACAAGGUACAUUUGCAGUGGGGUGUCCUGGGGUGUCCGUGUCUGCGCUGUGCUCCAGAGAGCUGCGGCUCCCCUGGGUGCCACCAAGCCCCCGAUUCUUUGGCUGCAGCAGCACACGGUGCUGCUGGCAAGAGAAAUGGGUGGGAAAAGGGAGGGUGGAAAAAGGAAAAAGGUUGUUCUUGGGAGCUUCAUUCCCCUCGGUGCUGCAGCUGGCACCUACCUGUGUGGCUGGCGAGUCCUGGCUCAUCAGUGCCGUCUCGGUGGCAGUGAGGUGAUGAGGGACCAUCAGCUGUCACAGGAGGGGGGGUGGCCGAAGUCCCCCCGUGCCCACCCUGCUGGGGCGAGCCGGGGCGCUGCACUCGGGGCUGCACAGAGCCCGUGUGCAGCACAGCCCAGGAAUGCAGACGGCUUGACACACAACGGUGCAGAUAAUUCAAAUUAAAUUUUAAUCUGGCAUGAAUUAAUACCAUGGCAUUAACAUUUCUUCAUCAGUACCAAUUACGGUACAUUAGCAGAUACUGCUGGAGAAUACAAUAGUCUCUGAUAUGCGUCAUUAAUGUGUAACAGAUCCCUCUGGGUCAUGCCUUUCCACCCCAGAUAAAAACAACCAAGGAGGCAGGCAGGUGUUUGCUCCCCUUUGAGCUCAGUUCUUGCUCCCAGGGCCGCCAUGGUCCCGUUGGCACUGCAGUCCUGUGGCACAGUAGCUGGGACCACUACUGGCCCCUGCAGCCUGGUCCAGGGGUUCCAGAGCAGCUGUGGGCGCUGCCGCCAGCACAGCUACCCUGCUGGCCCUUGCAUGGCGUGUUCAGCCCUUGGGAGGCUCCGGCACAGCUCCUGGCCAGCUGCAGGAUGGCGAGCAUGAAGUGCAGGUGGGCUUGUAGCCCAAAUCUGGCUUUUUCCCCCUCCCUCCUGCUGCAGCAGCCCAGCAGAAGUGGCAGGUGGGAGGGAAGAAAACGCGUGGGGUGCAGAACCUGGGGUGAGUCUGUGCUGGGCGACAGCGUCUCCCUGUCCCCUUUCUGCUGGUGGCUCAAAUCGCACUGCUUCUCUUCCCCAAGGCCAAGGGAAAGAGCUGGUGAAUCAUCCCCUCUGCACCAGGCAAACGCAGCCAUCACAAUAGUGCACAGAAACCCAACGCUAAAGAAAACAAAAGGGGCUUUUCUUUCUGUAGGUACAGAAGGAACGAUGGAGGAGAUGGAUCAGGAUGAGAUGGAUGGGGAUGGGGAUGAGGAUGAUGGAAUGGUGGUCCCGGCCCUGGGGACCUGGGUGGCCCUAGCAGUCUGGCUGCGUCUCAGGGCUUGUGCCAAGGACCCGGCUGCAGCUGGGGUAAGAGAUCACAUCCCAUGGCCAGUCCUGUCCCCUUCUCAUCCUGGGACCAGGGCGCAGCUCCCGGAGGCAGUGGCUGCGGGUGACAUGGCGCGGCGGGCACUGGAGCUGCUGCUCUGUCUCUCCCUGGCCUCAGUGGCAUCUGCUGACUGCGUCACCCAGUGCUCCCUCUGCGCUGCCCGGACCCACGGCACUGAGAGCAGCAUCCAGCCCCUGAUGUGCCUGCGGGAAUGCCAGGGCUCCUCGCCACCCAGCCCCGAGUGGGAGACGUGCAGGAAGGCGCUGGCGCUCCUGGCCCCGCUGGUGGCCCUGGCCGAAGGGACAGACGCGUCCCCUGGGGAGGCGGAGGAGGACGAGGCAGAGCUGGAGCCGGAGCAGGGUCCUGGGGAGCCGCCAGCCAAGCGCUACGGGGGCUUCAUGAAGAAGCUGUCCAAGGGGAAGCUGCUUGCCCUCCUGCGCGAGAAUGCCCACAGCAAGGGCGGCCUCAGCAAGAAAUUUGGGGGUUUUGGCCGCAAACUGGGGGAGCGGGCGGCCCCCCAAGACUACCCAGGGCUGGGGCCAGUGGGCAAUGGGGACGAGGAGCCCACGGGUGCCGGGGCCGCGGGGCAGGAGCUGGCGGAGCUGCACAAGCGUUACGGCGGCUUCAUGCGCCGGAUCCGGCCCAAGCUCAAGUGGGACAAUCAGAAGCGCUACGGGGGUUUCCUGCGGCGGCAGUUCAAGGUGACCACGCGCUCAGACGAGGAGCCCAGCGCCUACUCAGGGGAGGUCUUGGACCUAUAGAGCUGGGUGUGGGACAGGUGGCACCUCUGUCACCCCCAGCCCCAUCCCCUGCCCAGCCCGGUAUCACCCCUGCCUCGUCCCCCCAGCAGACCACAGGUCCCUGUCCCCAGCUGUCCCGCUCUGGUUCACCUGCCCAUCCCUUAGGGACCCUGUGCAUCAAGGGGACAGUGCCACCCCUCCGGCUGCGGGUCCAGCCCCCGGGGUCCCCAGGGCAAAUUGCAGAGGGGUUGCGCAUCUUCCACACUCCUCCAGCCACAGAAGUGCAGCCGGGACUGGAAACCAUUGCAGCUGAGCUACGGGGCAACAGCUGCUGAGCACCGGGAGGGAUGAGCUGGGGCAGGAUGAGGCCCCCCGGGCUGGAUGACAGCUCAACAGCUGGCACGGCCGCGGGAGAGGCGGCGGGACAGAGCUGGCACCGCGGCACUGUCACUGGGACACUGUCACCAGCAACCAGCUGAGCACACCCCAACUCCCCUCCCCUCCCGCUCGCUGUGUCCCCCCCGUCUCUGCAACCACUGGUUCCCCCGGGCUCCCCCUCCCGAGAACAACCCCCGAGGCAGGAUUGGACCCGCAACCGGCCCCCUCUCCCCCCCGCAGUCAAUAAAAGGCAGAUGCCAAUGAAGCCGAA